AAAUAAUUUGGAGUAAAAUUCUCAUUUUAACGUCUAGAAUUUUCUCUCUCCUCCGCGUUCCCUCUCUCUCUCCAUGACCACCGUGGCCACGCUCUCGUUGCUCCCCACGUUACUAUUCCGACCCUCUUCGAAAUUUUACGCCAAAAAGAAUGGUAGUGGUAGGGAUGGAUUCAAGGUUCUCGCAGUGUUUGGCGAGGGAGGGGGUGAGCUGGAGAAGAAGAAUAAUAACUGGGGAGCGAUUUUUGAUGUCGAGGACCCGGGGCCGAGAGUCCCUCUUUCUACAGGGAAGUUUCUAGAUGUCAACCAAGCUCUGGAGGUGGCGAGGUUUGACAUUCAAUAUUGCGACUGGAGGGCUCGCCAGGACUUGCUUAGCAUCAUGCUCCUGCACGACAAGGUCGUAGAAGUCCUCAACCCUUUAGCUCGCGAGUUCAAGUCGAUCGGAACCAUGAAGAAAGAACUUGCCGGACUGCAAGAAGAACUCGCAGUGGCCCACAAACAGGUUCAUAUGUCGGAAGCAAGGGUUGCCACUGCAUUGGAUAAGCUAGCAUAUAUGGAAGCUUUGGUAAAUGAUAGACUAUUUCAGGAAAGAAGCUCCAGUGAAGCAAAUUCCGACUCUACUUCUCUUAUUCCAAGCACUUCCUCUGCUAGUCAAAUAGAGACCAAGACGCACCGUAGAAGUUUAAACGUAUCUGGUCCUGUGAAGCCAUAUCAUCCUAACUUGAAGAACUUUUGGUAUCCAGUUGCUUUCUCUAGUGAUUUGAAAGAUGAUACAAUGAUUCCUAUAGAUUGUUUUGAGGAACCAUGGGUGAUAUUUCGAGGAAAAGAUGGGAACCCUGGCUGUGUUCAAAACACUUGUGCUCAUAGAGCCUGCCCUCUUCACCUUGGAUCAGUCCAUGAUGGCAGGAUCCAAUGUCCUUACCAUGGUUGGGAAUACUCAACCGAUGGAAAAUGCGAGAAAAUGCCGUCCACACGCAUGCUUGACAUUAGAAUCCGAUCAUUGCCAUGUUUCGAGCAAGAUGGGAUGAUCUGGAUCUGGCCCGGAGAUGCCCCACCUAUGGCUACACUUCCUUCUUUACAACCUCCUCCGGGAUUUAAAAUUCAUGCCGAGAUUGUGAUGGAGCUACCGGUUGAGCAUGGACUUCUUCUGGACAAUCUUUUAGACCUUGCUCAUGCUCCUUUUACUCACACCUCUACCUUUGCCAAGGGGUGGACUGUUCCAAGCCUAGUGAAAUUUCUCACGCCGGCAUCAGGACUUCAAGGAUACUGGGAUCCUUACCCUAUUGACAUGGAAUUUCGGCCCCCCUGCAUGGUCCUCUCUAUGAUUGGGAUCUCAAAGCCUGGAAAACUGAAGGGACAAAGCGCCAAGCAAUGCUCGACUCAUCUUCAUCAACUUCACGUCUGCUUGCCCUCUUCGAGACAGAAAACUCGAUUGUUAUACAGAAUGUCUCUAGACUUUGCUCCUUUGCUUAAGCACAUCCCUUUCAUGCAUAUUUUGUGGAGAUAUUUUGCAGAAAAGGUGUUAAAUGAGGAUCUAAGGCUGGUUAUUGGACAGCAGGAGCGGAUGAUAAAUGGGGCCAAUGUAUGGAAUUUGCCCGUUACUUAUGACAAGCUUGGGGUCCGGUACAGGCUAUGGAGAGAUGCCGUUGAGCGGGGUAUCGAGCUCGAGCGCCUUCCGUUCACAAAGCAAUCCAAGAAUGAACAAUAGUCUCCAUGCAUUAUGUACAGUGUGUGCGAUAGUAACCAAUGUAUCAUAAUUCUUUGCGAGUUGCCCAUGAUAAUCGGAUGGACAAUGGCCAUGAGGCAAAAAAAUGAAAAAGCUCGGCUUCUCCCAGCAGCUCUUAAAUAAGCGCGAAAUUUUUAACGAGGGGAGAGGAGCUGAUGAACGGGCCAUCUAUUGUAAACUCAAGAUGUACACUAGUUUCAAUGCAAAGCACAUGCAAAUUUUUCUCUUUUUUCCCCCCCUCUUAUGUUUUCCACUCUCUAAUCCUUUGUAUGUUAAACAGACCUAGAAAAGAAAUUACGCUUGAUUUGUUGGGAAAUAAUAUUGCGUAGAUGUUCUUGCAA